AUGCGAAAAGACUUGCAGGCUCUCCAUUCGAAGAUUGACAAGCUGAUUGUAGCUCAAUUCCCUCCCAAACAAGUCAGCUCUAUCUCUGAUACAACACAGGCUAUCAAACAGGAAGGGGAGGAGCAACAACAUACAAGCACCCCUCCAACCACAAGGAAGACCAUCUAUGGUCACACAUUUUACCAGGCACCUGUGGCUUACAGAAUCACUCCACACAGAUCCAACCAGCAAGGGCACCUUCCAAGUUUCCCACCAGGAUUCCCACCAAUGCCAUACUCAAUUACACAGAGCCAAGAUUGGGAUAUGAAGGAUAUGCUCCAACAACUCCUUCAGGGCAAGCCAAAGGGUUCACUAGACAUGAACCACAAGUUGCUAGACAUAAACUCCAAACUGGAGUCAUUGACUUCAAGAGUGCAAACCAUUGAGUCUUCUAGUGCGUCAUCCUCUUCAUCUCAAGAGUAUGCUCAAGCUAUUACACUGAGAAGGGAGGAUUUGGUCGAGUAUGACGAUAUUCCGGCACCGAACUCGAUCGAGCUGGAACAAAACCCUGAACCAGAACUCGGUCGAGCUGAAGAAACCGAGACUCAGAAAGACAAACCAGAGCUCGAUCGAGCCGAGAAGAGAACAGACAAAGCAAACUCCAGCCAACCAACUAAACCUGUUGCAAGGAAGAAAGACACUCCACCAGGACCACCACCAUACAAACCCCCUCUACCCUUUCCAGGAAGAUUCAAGAAACAACUGUUGGAAGCACACAAGGCCAAGUUUGAUGAACUAAUGAGACAACUUGAGCUGAAAUUGCCUUUCAUCGACGCCUUGAUGCUCAUUCCACCUUAUCAGAAAUUCCUGAAGGAUGAUGUUCAGCAAAGAACCAGGGAAGCGCAAGGAAUGGUGGUGUUAACUCGUGAGUGUAGUGCAAUCAUUCAGCGGAUGGACAUCUCCGACAAAAAGGAAGAUCCGGGAAGUUUCACUUUGCCAUGCAUGUUGGGAUCUCUAUCUUUCAAAAACAGCCUCUUCGUUAGAGAGAUACAAAAGAUUCCUACUUCUUAUUUUGUUCUCUUUUAUUCUUCUCCAAUUAUCUCACCUUCUUAA